AUGGUUAAAUCCAUCUCUUGUGAUAGCGGAGUCACAAGGCCUCAGUCUGACGUCUACAAGCAGCAUCAGUUGUGGAGCAGGUCCUUAGAUGAUUUUAUGAGCAUGAUUCCAGAGUCAACUGAACUGAGGGAAUCAGGGGAGAAAAGCAAAAAGGUGGAGACUUUUAGGACUGAGUGUAUUCAGUACUCACUCGCCUGCAAAGGCCCAGUGAUGCUGCAGCAGUCUAUCCCAGAGCUACUGGUGGCUCCAAGCAAGCACACUUCAUUGGCUGUCCCCAAAGACCAGCAUGACCACAGUAUCACUUCUGUUAGCAGUGGAUCCUCUUCUGAGUUUAAUAAAACAGACGUCUGGGAUGAACUUUACCAGGACAGACCUGAAAAGGACUGGAAGGAGGAGGAAUACAAUGAAUUAUGCCCUGUGUCAUCAGACAGCAUAAUGACUUCAGACACAUCCAAUAAAGUGACAAAACAUCAAGAGCAAUCCAGAAAGCUGGGGUGUUUGGCGCAGUUGGACACAGUCCUGUCUCUACCCCACUCUGAGGCAGAGGACUCUACUUUUGGUUUGAAUAGCAUCCCCAGGCAGAGGCUCAUUAAGAGCACCUCCUGCAGCCACGCCCAGGAGGUUUCCUGCCUCUCUGCCCCUGGAGUGAUUUUGAAAGAGAUAACGGCGCAGGAGCAAGCCUAUGAGCAUCUGAGGUCCAGUCUCUCUAAACAGCUGAAUGAACCCCUUCUGGAGUACAGAGAGGACAGUGCUGAUACAGAAGGCAGGAAAGGCCAGAGAGCGAAGUCACAAGGCCUCAGUCUGACAUUUACAAGCAGCAUCAGUUGUGGAGCAGGUCCUUAG